CGAUAAGAAGGGGUAGACGUCGGGAGCCGAAUGGUGAGCAAGUAAAGGGCAGUGGGCAGGUGAUUACAGGGAGUGGGGUAAAUGUCGGGUGGGGGCGGGCUGAAUGCCUGGGGCGGGGCGAGUGUGGGAGUUAGCGGGAGUUUCCGAAGCGGCUGUUCACUCGUCGGGCAGCCAGUUCUCCGGGACAGGGAGACCUGACGUCAGCGAGUUGUCUGCCCUGGGCCACGGCUGGGGUAUUCUGGACUGGAGGCACACGUGGUCCCGUUUGAAACGGUUCGCCCGUGCGCCCGCUUUACCCGCAGUUGCCUGGAGGGAGGCGCGUUAGAGAGCCGCACGCCGCCAGGGCACCGGUGAGCGACAGUUCGGCCCUUCUCCUUGCCGAGUGGCUGAAGCAGGGAUCGCGCCCCGGCCAUGAACAAUACCUCCUCUUGCGAGAACAGGACAGAUGUCUCCGAUGAAGCGAAGCCCUUCGUCAGCGCCGCGAUGUUCGCUCUUGGGGUGCUGGGCAACGUGCUGGCGCUUGUCAUCCUCGCAGUGCACAAGCGAGAGCUCAAGAGCAAAAUGUCGCUUUUCCACAUCCUAGUGAGCAGCCUGAUUAUUACCGACCUGGUGGGAACUCUGAUCAUAAGCCCGAUGGUACUGGCCGCCUACGCCCGGCGCCGCACAUUGCAGGCUCUGAGCUUAUGCAGCUAUUGUGCCUUCGCCAUGGCUUUCUUUGGGCUCUCUUCCAUGUUCAUCCUGUUUGCUAUGGCGCUAGAGCGCUGUCUCUCCCUCAGUUGCCCCUACUUCUACCAACGGCACGCCAGCAACCGCUGCGGGCUCAUCACCAUUCCGGCUAUCUAUAUUUUCUGCCUUAUCUUCUGCUCCCUGCCUCUGCUGGAGAUUGGCAUCAACGCGCAAUAUUGCCCGGGCACCUGGUGUUUCAUCAAGAUGGAAGUUUGGAAUCUGGAAGUGAAGCACCGCGUCUAUUCCCUGUCGUACGCGGUUCUGAUGAAGGUGCUGAUCAUUUCCAUUCUACUGUGCAACAUCUCCGUAAUAGUCAACCUCUGCCGAAUGUACAAAAGACAAAAAAGACGCCGACGCCCGAGUGCGCCCCAAACAAGAAGGUAUCAAUUUUCCCAGUCCGAAGAAGUUGAUCAUCUCGUUCUUUUAGCCAUAAUGACAACAACGUUUGUUAUUUGUUCUGUGCCUCUCACGAUUCGUGCAUACAUUGGAGCAUUUCAUGACAGCAAAAACUCUGGAUCUGAUCUUUUGGCUCUCCGUUGCUUGUCUUUUAACUCAAUUAUUGAUCCAUGGGUUUUUAUUAUUCUCAAUACAACUGUGUUUAGAAAGAUAUUGUCCAGGAUAUUAUGCUGUAAAAUUACUUCUAAAAGAAAACAGUUACAUUGCAACAGUGUUAUAAAUACUGAAAUACUUACAUAAAGUCACUUUGGGACAGGCAUUCCUGAUACUUGAAUUUACUGAAAAUUUUUUCCAAAACUUAUUUACAACCAAACCAUCCUUUUGAGGGAAAGAUGCACUUGAUAUCAUGUGAGAUUUGGCAGAUGAAUUUGCUUUCUCGUAUUUUCAUCGAGUAAGAAGAGAGUUACCAAUAAACAACAGGUAAGGGACAUGUGCAGAGGUUUUUGUCCUGUUGAGAGUCUGGCUGACAUAAGCUGUGAAGCAUCAUAAUUUUUCUCUCUGUGAUUCUUCAAAUGUUUGAGAAAAUACUGUAAUUUUGUAAUUUUAUUUUAAACCAUGUACUCACUUUCAAAGUUUAUUUUAUGAAUUUUAUUUUUGCAUUCCUCCGUUUAAAGGAUAGCUUAUAUAGCUUGAGUUAGCUUUCAAAUUAUUAAGACAAAAGUUAAUGAAUGGGUCUAUUUACAUAAAGCCAAUACUGGUUUUAUAAUCUAUUUUAGUUACUUAAAUUACAGUUUGUUGGAUAAUAAUAUGGACUGUCCUACUAAGGAACCAAUUUUUGUUUAGUAUUUUUGAGAGGAAUAGAUUGUUGGCUAUCAGUUGCUCUGUGUAACUAUGUAGAAAUAUGUCAAUGAUCAGAACCAUGACCCUAUCAUUCCUCUCAGGUGGAUAUAAUAUGACACCAGAAGGCAAGUCAGUACUUCCUGUGACCUGUCUUAUAUUUUUAAACCAAUGAAGUAAGACAGAUAAUCUGUUACUAUUUUGUUCCCUUUUUGUGUUGGCAGCCUCAUUUCCAAUAUUACCAUAAUUAAUAUACUUUAGAAACCUCAUUGGUGAUAAAUCUUUAUUUGACUAUUCUGAGAUUUAUGAAAAACACUAUUUAAAUGCAGACCUUUUAUUAGACGAUCCUCUGGAUUUCAAAUUGUGCUAAACCUUGAGAUAUCAUUUCCUGUUAGAAUUUCACAAAAUUGUACUCACAGGCAGAUUUUUCCAUAGCUGCUUAAACUAGAAUGUUAGGAAACAUUUUAGGAUUAUUUUCUGCACCUCAAGUCCUCACUUCAGCUAAUACAAAGAAAGUUCUACAGUCCAAGUCCUUUGGUGACAAUAGUGCUGUAACUGAGGGCACAGUGUCACAACUCCAGAGACCUGGAUUCAAGCAUGACAUCCAGUGUUCUCUGCAGAGUUCUCCCUGUCAUGGUGCGGGUUUCCUCUAGAUGCUUCAUUUCCUCCCAUGUCCCAGAAAUGUGGCGAUCAGCAGGCUAAUUAGUAACUAUGAAUUGCCUUAAUGUGUAAGUGAGUAACAACAGCUAGGGAGAGUUGAUUGAAAUGUGGGUGGAAUAAAGUGGAUAGUUGAUGGUUGGCUCAUACUUGGUGGGCCAGAGACUCACUUCUGUGCUUUGUCUCUAUGGCCCCAGCUCAAUCAUCAUUGAGCCUGGAUAUAAGUCAAGACCCAAGUGCUCUUAUCAGAUCCCAUUAGUUUGUUGUUGAUUACAAUGGCUUCAAAACUUUUAAAGAAUUCCUCCACUGACAGAGUCUUGCCUGAUUUUUGACCUUACUGGAUUUGUCCUGUUAUUACAGUAUAUUUGUGAUGCCUUUGACUUCUACUUCCCCAUCUAAAAAGCCAGUCAUUUAAAGAGUCAAAGAAAACUAGAGCACAGAAACAGGCCGUUCAGCCCAUCUAGUCUGUGUCAAACCAUUUAAGCUGCCUAGAUUCAUUGACCAGCACCUUGACCAUAGCUCUCCAUACCCUCCUGUCCACAAACCAAUUAAAAAUUCUCUUAAAUGUUGAAAUCAAAACCGCAACUACCACCUGCACUAGAAGCUCAUUCCACACUCUCACUAACCUCUGAGUGAAGUUCCCCCUAGUGUUCCCCUUAAACCUAUCACCUUUCACCCAUAACCCAUGACAUCUAGAUGUAGUAUCAUCCAACCUCAGUGGAAAAAGCUUGCUUGCAUUUACACUAUCUAUACCCCUCAUAAUUUUGUAUACCUCUAUCAAAUCUCCCCUCAAUCUUCUACUGAAUAAAGUUCUCAUCCAGUCAAUCUUUCCUGGUCUUAGAGGCUCUGGUCCUUAUAGGCAUUGUCCCUGACUUCUGGAAUUUUUUUGUACUGGAAUUUCCGACUUGCAUCACUACCAAAAAUAACCCAUUAAAGAACACUCUUACACGUCAUAAAUUUUCCUCAGUCUUGGCUUUUCAGCUCAGUACUGGUGUCUGCAGGUUUUUGGUCUUUGAGGAGUGAAAAGCAGGAAGCAAGUUUUGUUAUCGACUGAUAGAUGUGUUUCCCAAAAUAGAUAACAAACAUAAUUUACAUCACACUAGACAAAAUUGAAUUUGUUACUUUAUUAGAUCUCAUAGAAAAUGUUCAUGUUAUUUCACUUGUCUUCAGUAGAUCAUUAAACCAAUUGAUAAAUUCAUUUCCAUCAAUGUUAUGUUGAAAAGCUGAGAUCACAGUAUACAUAUACGAUCAUAGCCUGUUAUUCAUUAUUUUAAUUUCAUAAUUCUUGUUAAAUAUUUUAUCAUAUCUUAAUAAAUAUAUUCUUUUGUAACUGAGCACUUAUAAUUCAAGUUAAAAACAAAUUUUUAAUCUUGGCAUUUAUGCAUUUUAUUGUAACCCUGCAAAUAUCUCAUUUCUCUUCUACAUUUUGUACAGUGUUCACUGGUACAUUUUGGUUGGAGUAAUAUGUACAGAUACUUAAGUUAAAUCCUAUCCAUCUACAUUUCCUAUAUUUGAUAAAUAAUAAAUAAAUAUUCUAUACAUUUUAAACUCAUGCCACACAUAAACCAACUUCUGCCUGCAUUACCAAAUGAUGUAUUUAAGUUUGAAGCACAAAGUGAUAGUAAUUAUACCUUAUUAAUUGAUGGAAUUUUAUCUGAUUGUACAGAAUAUAUGAAGUAUUAUGAAUUAGAGACCAAAUGAACAGUUUGUAAUGAUCAUUUCCAGUAUUUGAAAUAAAACUGGUAAAUGCCAUCAGAUCACUUAAGUUCUGUUUUAAAAGGACUUCUACUCAAGGAAUAUUUGUGUAUAAUGUAAAAUCUCUUAUCCUGUAGUUAACAUUUCUCUCAAUUCUUGAUCAAUAAUUGACAUACAGUACAUAGUGUAUUUUUAAAUGAAAAAUUGUUACUGUUAAGUUGUACAGAAGUUUAACAUGUUUCCUUUUGAAACUAUAAUUUUGCAAAUACAUCUUGGAACUUUGCAGUAUAACAAGGUACAAAUGAAAAACCAAGGACUUUUCAAAUGAUUCUGCUUAGUUUUGUAAGCUAAUAUAAAAUAGAAAACCUACUUUAUGAUUAGAUAUUUUUUGGAACCAGGCUGAUAUCAGCCUGAUGAAAUUACCAAUUGCAUAUGCAUUUCAUAAGUUAAAUAUGAACUAUGCAGUAAAUUAUAAUUACUGGAAUGUAUGUACUCAUAACACAUCAUAUUGGAGGUUCAUCUGUUGUACAGACAAAGUAUGAAUGACAUUGUUUUAACAAACAAAGUCUAUUGUUCCAUGGAUUUAUGUGGUUAAAACCACACACGGGGUAUUUAUGUAUUUCCAACAUGUUAUUUUUAUAUAAUAUUGCUCUGCAAACAAAUUUUCUAAUAAAUGUACAGGACUUUG